UUUUCUCUCGUAGUUUGAUUAUUAUUUAUGCAGAUUACAUACUGUGUGCAAAAAGAUUUACUGCAAAAAUAAUCUGUGGUGUUUAAAAUCUUUUUCCAGAAACAAAUAUUCAAGACGUUUUCUGAUAAACCUUUAUACUUCCAAUAGUGUGUAUUCAGUACGUAUGUUUUUCAUGUUAAUGAUUUGAUUUUUGUUAAUCAUAAAUAUUUUCAUGCCAUAGCAUUCCUUGAUUUUAGUUCUAGUUAAGGUCCAGUUUAAUGGUGUAAUGGUUUUCUGUCUAGUAAUAUAGUAGUGGGGUUUUUUUCUUAUUGUUUUCAUUGUUUCUUUGUUCAUGAAUGUACAGACUGUUACCUCAGAUGUGCCGUGAAAUGGAUAAUUUUGGUACCUAGCUGUAUUAUUCAACCAAAUGUAACAUUGUGGGUUUUUUUUUGUUUGUUUGUUUUUUUUUUUUUUUAAAUUUAAGUGUGGGUUUUUUCUUUGUGGUGGUCUGGUACAGCCAUCACUGCACACGUCUUCCUUGUUUGGAGAAUGAUUGGGAUCUUUGGAUGAGGAUUUACCUUCUCUCUCUUGCGCUCUCUCUCUCUCUCUCCUUUCUUUUCUUUUUAGCACAAAGACACACAUUUGCUUCUCCCGUAAUCACCAGAAUGUUUGUUGAAGCUAUUGUAUUUCUCCUUUUCUUUAAAGAUCAUAAAGUCUAGAAAACAUUGAGAUGAUUUACAUAUUUUAAAGUAUUUGUGAUAUUUUAUAUCGAUACCCUACCCUAUGCUGUUAAUGUUUUGUUUGAAUCAGCAAAAAGGAACAAAGCCUUUCUGAUUUUAGAUAUUCAUAUUCCGAUAUUUUGGUGUGAAUGAUGCAUUUUGGGGUGGGGUUUUUUGUUUGUUUGUUUGUUUGUUUUUUAAUUUUUAUAAAGUCAACCAAGUUGUGUUAUCAGAUAUAAACCUCUACACAACUCUAUACAUCACAGACUUGGGAUUUUGCAUGAAUACAUUGUAACACUGGAAAUACAUAACUAUAAAGUAUAUGUGAACUUAAGGAGUGAAUUGCGCAUAUAUAUAUAUAUAUAUAUAUAUAUAUAUAUACUGUCCACUCAAAAUGCAAGCUUAUUAAUAUAUAAUUCCACAUAUAAUGGUUUAAUAAAGCUGUUUUGUAUUUUAGAUGUGUUCUUUGGCUGUGUUGGACUUGCUUGCCAUGAAAGAGACAGCGAUGAAAUGUUCUUUGUUCAUCUGUUCCCAGCUCUCGAGCUGCAGACGGAUCCCUGGCAUUGAGACAAAAGACAUGUCAUUGUUCUCCAUAUCAGCCAUGUAGAUCAGCGCAGUUCUCAUUUGUGCAAGUGAUGUUUGCGAGUGAAGGAAAACACUGAAAAGCAAUCAAUGACAUCAUUCAUGCGGCGCAGCAGGGGUGAGACUGGGCGAGAGCAGAGGAGAGAUGGCAUGAGAAAUCUCUGUCCUGAAUGGGCUGUGUGUGCAGUGGACUUUUAACUCCUCUCGCCUAAAAACAUCAGCAGACACUGUAAACACUGCAUUAAAGCGAGAUGAAAUACUCAUUUGGACUUUUCGUGGUAAUCUCUUCGUUGGCCAUCGGUGUCUGCAAUAAGCAUUAUGGGAUGCACUACUCCUCAUUAGGCGCGUCUCUGCGCUGCUAUAAGUGCUCGGAUUACUAUGGUGGCUGGUGUGGAAAUAUCCAGGAGUGCACUUAUGAAGACUCGUGCUUGUCUCUGCAUGAGAAAGGAGGGAAAACAAUCCGGCAGUGCAUCAGGUACACGGACUGCGACAACUCCCGGCUGUCUCAGAUGUUUCCAGCGGUGUCUGGAUUUACGUACCGCUGCUGUAACUCUAACUUAUGUAACAGUGGGCACAGGGACACGGCCAUCCUCAGCCUGGUCAUCUCUCUGCUCAGCGUGUGGUGGAGCUGCUGCUGUUAAUCUUCUCACUGUAUCACAGAAUUUUUUUUACUGUUCUUACAUGCAGUAAUGGUAAUAGAAUGUGUAUGGUAAUUUUAACUUCUUCUUUAAAUUAACAACCAUCUUAAUAUGUUUUAAUACCGAUAAACCCAUUUUCAGAAUAGUAAUG